GAGAGAGAGAGAGAGAUCUUUAUGUUCUUUCUGUGAGUGUAUGGGGGCCGAGAGGGUGGCACAUCUCAUCCUGUUUUUGGUGGUGAUAAGAGAAGCUUAGAGUGCGGGGCCCCCGGGAGCCAGGCGUGUUUGUGUAGGAGAAAAAAACUCUCUCUCUUAGGGUCUUCUAAAAGGAUGUCAUUUGUUUGUCGGGUGAUAUGAUACCAGACACACGUGUCUGUGUGUGUGAGCAAAGCCCUUCCUUUUUUUUACACUUGGACUACUUAUGGGGGCUGCCCAUAUUUACAGUGCCAUUGAGUGAUUGGUAUUUACUGGUAGCCUACUUUUAGGGAACUACUAUGUAAUGUAUAGGCUAUAUAUAUUGACUUUACUCACUUCAUCAUGAGUUGAUGUAUUCAAAUAGAUCAAACUUUGUAGAUUUAGGCUGUGUUGUUUUCAAAUCUACUUCUUUUUGCUUUGGACCAGUGUUAACUUUUGCAUUCCAUAGGUCUUCCAGUAGUUUCUUUGAGCACUAGUGUGAUCUAGAGAGAGCGAGAGUCGAGAGAGAAAGAGAAAGAGGAAAAGAGGGAGAGAAAGAGGAGUGAAGAAAGAGCGAGAGAGUGAGAAGUGUUGCAGUACUUUUCCAUUAGCAGAGGCACAGAGCACGUUGAGGAAGUAAAGGUCCUGAAACAGUCCUCGCUCUCUUGAGGUAAAGGUGUACACAGCCUCCAAUUACGUCUGACAUGUAGCCUUAGAAUCAUCAUUGUCUGUCUUUCGCUCUGUUUGUCUCACCACAUACACACAUAGUCACUCAGAGAAUUUUGGACUGCGUGUGUGUGUGUGUGUGUGUGUGUGUGUGUGUGUGUGUGUUGGUGUGUGUAUGUGUGUGUGUGUGUGUGUGUGUGUGUAGAGCAGACAGAGGCGGUAAUGUGAUCGUUCUGAUCCACUCCGUCAGUAACCUGGAUCAGCUGUCUGGGUGGAAUAAUAGGCUUGCCAGUUCAUGUGACAACUGUGUUGCACUCCACUGUUGCAAUUGGAAAAGUACUGAAACCUUCUCCUUGAAAGAAGCUUUUGUUCAGGUGAUUGAAACAGGCAAAUUUGUCUGGAGAAACCCCAAAAAUAAAAGCUGAUCUAGUGAGAUGUAAUAUUAUGCAAAUAUAUCAGUAUAAAAUGUACAACUUGAUGUAAUACAACCACAGCAAUAUAGAAAUCAUACUUAACAAUAUCCAAAAGAUAUUUAUCUAGUGGUAGUUGUGGGAGUGGGCUGGGGAGGUAUAGGGUGGUCUCUUUAUGGGCUGUGCAUGGUAACUGGAGAGAGCUAAAUGCUCUCUACUUGAAGGUUUUUAAAAAAAAACACAAAAAAAACAGACCCUCUCUGGUCUGGUCCCAGCCCGGACCGGCCCCACAGCUCAUUGGAAUGAACGCCACAUUCUGAGAAUUUUCCACUUACCGUCUUCAAAGUUCUCUGUAAACAUAGGAGGCGGCACCACGUACUGUAAUCUUUUUUUUUUUUUUUUUUUUUUACUUCUUGUCUUGUUUCUCAACUCUGUGUUUGUGAACAAAGCCCUAUGCAAGCAUGUGUUAACUUCUCACCCUUCUCCCCUCUCCCUCUCCCUCACAUGUGUGAAAGAGACAGCUUACAUUGGUGUAGCAUAAAUUACUCAUCUGAGAGUUUUGCACACUAAAAGUGCUACCAGAAGCAUGUGUGAUAUAGUUGUGAAAUGUGGGUUUGGAGGAAGGGAGGGGGGGACUGGGGGAGAGAGAGAGUGAGAGAUUGAAAGACAUGGAUCACUUUGUGGCUGUAUGUCACAUGAAUGGGAAUGUUUACUCGAACUGUCUGGACCAAACUAGGGCAGAUGUGUGUCUUUUCGUGUUUCAUCUGCGUCUGUCUUGCCUUGCCAUUCGGGGGGAGAAAAAAAAAAGAAACGUUUUUGAACCCCCAUGCGAGGAAUCAAUACAGACUGGCUGCGUACAACUGACCUGUUUAAUGACGCCCCUCCAGUUCUACAACUCACACCAGCCUGGGGAAUAUCGCCCCGGCAUCAGAACUCCGGCUGCCCAUACACACGCACACAAGUAUUACUUUUAACACAUUGGUGGGCUUUUGCUGCCCCUUUCCAGGGCAUAGUACGUGGCAUCGGAUGCCCCAUCAGGUUGGCGUCAAGGUCGACUGCGUGUGAGUAUGAGAGUGUUUCGUCGGUUGGUCGGUCACUGGCAACGGCUACUCUGAUGAAGAUCAAAUGCUCCGCGGCCUUUCCUGAGCUCAGUGCUUGGAGCUUUACGGUGCACAGCUCAUAGGCUACUUAUCUAAAACAAACAUUUCCCACGAGGACACAUUUAUAAACUGUUCCUAAUGACAUCAAUCUCCGAUCUACAUGGCACAGUGCAAUCCCAUGGGUUCGCAUGGCUCCAAGAACGCAGACAAGACAAAACAGUAUGCUGUACAACAAAGAAGCAUGUACUUUGGUGGGGUAACUUUCCAGACAUUUCCUCCAAAAAAUGACUGAAUUGAUGAGUUGGUUAUCAAAUCCCAUUGUUGCAUGCUUCAAAGUAAUUCAAACCAAGGUUGACGGUUUUCUGUGUGAGACGUUUGCCCGCAGUGAAAAAAAAGAUGGACUGAGCGCAGAUGGGUCGUGGGGGUAAGCCAUCAUGGUUAUGGUAUGUGAGCUAUUUGAUAAAUGCACAUUGCCAUAUGCACACUAUCACGAGCAACAGGGUGAAAAACACCCCAUUUUACAGCUUGACCGGACAAAAGAGAGCCUACUUAGCUACAUAAUCCUUUCUAAUGCACAAACACAAACUUACAUAUAGACGCACACAUUCCUUUUGCUGAAUCUCAGAAAUUCUUCUUUCUUCUUUCUUCUUGUGAAAACAGAUCUCUUUCUUUUGAAGGGUGGGGGGGAUGUUAAUUCAUAUAGAGUCUCUUUUUUGCAGUGUGAGCCAAUCUGUCCAUUGGGCGGUGGGCUUCACGGCUACAGAGCCACUGGUAAAUGUAGUUCUUAAUGUGUCACAGCGGUGAGUGCACUGUUAUCUUUCAGAUUCAUUCUCUUCUGUUAUUGAACCCUUCAAUGAUCACCUUUAACAGUAAACAGGAAAAGAAUCAGUUGACCAUCAAUCAUAUUUUGUUUUCAGUGACUUCCUAAGGAGAUAUUACGGUAAAGUUUUCUAUACUUAUUUGACAUUUCAAGUUUGUUAUGUCAAGGGUGCCUUCUUUUGGUAGCUACUUUGAUUCUCAUUUCCAAAUCUUCAGACCUUCCCUAUCCUCCACUUUGUGAAAACCCAAACUCACAUGCAAACAAAUACACGCACACACACACACGCACACAUACACUCAUACACACAUACUCACACACGCACACACAAAUACAUACAUCUACAUUCACACAACCUUUCUCUGUCUCUCGCUCCUGUUAACCUGAUUUGUCGUAAUUGACUUAAUGUGGCUAAAACGUUUUGCUCUGCAAGUCUUGCUCACGGCCUCUCCUCAAGGUCCAAUCGAACCUUGGGCCACCUGCCGCCCCUCCUUCGAAGAGAGGCAACCGCCAUUUUACCUCCACUGUCGCGGCGCUGGAAAGGUUACUUAACCAAAGACGUGACAAUGACGUUGAACAUUCCGGGUCUGGUUGUCAUGGCCGUGUUUUACCUACUCAUUUUGGGCACUGGUAUCUGGGCAUCCAUGCGAUCUAGAAAAGAGGAGCGCAAAUGCACUGGAGAUGGCAUGGAGAUCACACUACUAGCGGGCCGAAACAUCAACUUCCUGGUGGGAGUCUUCACACUAACAGCUACAUGGGUCGGUGGAGGUUUCAUCCUUGGCAUCGCUGAGGCCGUGUACAAUCCCACUCUCGGCCUGGUGUGGGCAUUGAUGCCAGUGCCCUACGUCCUGACCUUCUUCUUGGGUGGCUUUUUCUUUGCCAAGCCAAUGAGGGCAAAUAACUACUUGACAAUGAUGGACCCCUUCCAGCUGAAGUAUGGAAACGUUCUGAGCAGCCUGCUUCUAUUCCCUGCCCUUGUUGGAGAUGUGCUGUGGGUUGCACGCACACUGGUCAGCCUAGGUGGGACGAUGAGUGUGAUUCUGGACCUUCCGUACGUCUACUCUAUCCUCAUCUCCUCCGUGGUGGCCAUCCUCUACACGCUGCUGGGAGGCCUGUACUCCGUGGCCUACACCGACGUCAUCCAGCUCAUCCUCAUCUUCGUGAGCCUGUAUAUCUGUGUGCCCUUCAUGCUGACAAAUCCCUCGUCCGUGGACAUCUCCCUCACGGCCUACAAUGCCACCUUCCAGUCACCCUGGGUGGGCAAGGUGGAAACUUCCGAUGCCGGGAAAUGGAUUGACGAGUUCCUGGUGCUGGCUUUGGGUGGUCUGGCUUACCAGGCAUUCUACCAGAGAAUUCUAUCUGCGUCAUCCUACACACAGGCCCAGAUUACGUGUUUCACUUCAGCCUUUUUCUGCCUGGUUCUCGGAAUCCCCUCUGUGAUUGUCGGUGCAGUGGCUGCCUCAACAAACUGGAACAUGACCAGCUAUGGUCUCCCCACCCCCUAUGAGCGUGGAGAGGCUGGAGCCAUCUUGCCCAUUGCUCUGCAGUACCUCACUCCCACUUACGUCUCAAUCAUCGGGAUCGGAGCUGUGGCCGCAGCUGUCAUGUCCUCCAUGGACUCGGCUCUGCUGUCCUCUGCAUCGCUCUUCUCCUCCAACAUGUACAAGAACAUCUUUAGAAAGCAGGCAUCUGACCGAGAGAUGCAGUGGGUGAUCAAGAUCAGUGUGAUUGUAGUUGGUCUGGCCGGCACUGGUCUGACGUUCCUGGACAACAGCGUUCUGGUCUUCUGGAUGGUGGGAGUGGAUAUGUCCUACACUAUCAUGUUUCCCCAGCUUGUGUGCGUCCUCUUCUUCAACCGCGCUAACGGCUACGGGGCCAUCACCGGCUUCAUACUGGGAAUCGUGCUGCGCUUCAUGAGUGGAGAGCCACUGGUCAACCUGAAGCCUGUCAUUAAGUUCCCCGGCGGCCGCUACGACGACAAGAACCAAUUUGUCCAAUACUUCCCCUACCGUACCUUCAUCAUGGUGUCAUCUGUGUUGACCAUCAUCAUCGUGUCCUGUCUCACUGGACUCAUUUUCAGCAAAGGUCUUGUCCCCGAUCGCUAUGAUCUCUUCAAGAUCAAGGAGCGCGCAAAGGCCCUAGUGCGGCCAGAAGAGAAGGGGUACAAAGAAGGGGAGAAAGUGUCCAACGUGUCCAACGUGUCCAAACAGCUUCUGGAGACCACCAGCUGUUAGAGAGGGGUGUCCAAAUCUGGCGAUGAGAGAAGAAAUUGCAGUCCAUCUUGGAUGCUGGUCCGCUCAAUCCGCUUCACAAUCAAACCCAGCAAUCGAACAUAACACACAAACAACCAACCAAACAAACAAACAAACGAUACAAGCAAAUUUCAUGAUUCUUUCUCAUCUUUGUGUAAAGAGGGGAAUAAGAUCGAUAGUGUGUCACACAGUUCUCUGCUUUGAGAUGUGAUACAAACUGAGACUUCUGUUCUCUCUAAAAAAUAGAGAUGUUCAAAAGCAUGGUUUACUGAAAGGUGGGUUCAAAAUACAGACUUUCUAAAGCAAGGUUUACUGAAAGGUGGGAAGGUCACCCUAGAACCUUACUGUACCUCUUGGACUGUGCUGGGAGGAAGUCAUUUGCAGUGGCAUUACAUAAUGUAAGACUCCAACCGACAGCUUUGCCUGCACAGUACCUGAUCCUUCAUGCACAUUGCUCAGUGUGAAUGCCAGUGAGACUCAAUGAGUCACUAACAUUGACUCCAACUUGAGCUUUAACAUGUGAGCUCCUCUCACAACUGAACUGAUAAACAAAAUUUCAAAUUUGUUUUUGUUUUUGUUUUCUUUUUGUUGUUGUUAUUGGGUAGAACACAGAAUGGCCAAGCCAAGCCAAGCGAAACAGCUCAAACAAACCCUUUCAGCCACGUUCCCUAGACAAACUCCCCAAGCCCUCAGAGUCUCCACAUAGUUGUGGAUUGUUAUUCAAGUGUUCGCUGCGGGACUCUGGCCCUGGAGUUGAAAGCAAGCUAAUAAAUCGAGUGAGAGACAAGAGACGGCCAGAUAUCCCUACUCACCCUAUGCAGUCCAGAAAAGCAUGGCUACAAUAAAAGACCAUACACAGCUUAAGAGUAGUGUUCUUUUGUACAGUAUACUGUAGUUUAUCUAUGGUCAUAUGUAAAGCUGUAGUUUACAAAGGGAUCUUUGUUUCGGUCCCAUCUUUAUUUAUGUUUUUAUAUUCAGCCAUGCUUAUUGGUGGCUAGUGUGUUUAGCAACACAAGCCAUUCAGAAAUUGGCUAUUGUUUAUAUUGUUCAUUGACAUCGAUACAUUUAUUUUUUGUAACUAAACUGUAUCAUGAAAUAUAAUUGUGUAUGCACAUUUAGAGAUUGUGUUGUUUAGUUUAUAUACUGUGAUACAAAUAAUCAGCCUGAGACCUCUCUUUCCACCAAAGUGCUCGACUGUAGACUUACCGAUUGUACCUUUACUGAUUCUACCUUAAAUGCAACACGUUAAACAAGUCUUUCCUGUGUGACCAGUCAUGAUUUAUUUAUGUAGCCGAAGAAGUGAAAGGCUGUUCUAUUUCUCUAUCGGGUCAUUAUUAGUCAAAUUGAUCAUUUCAAGAGUGCAAUAAGUACAUGUAGAGCAUAUGGAAGCAGACCAAAAAUAAUUGUAUGGUGCACUCAUUGUUCCCAAUGAUCAGUGGCUACAUAUUAAGGAUCCUCAAAAAUAUACCCUUCCCGACACCCCCACCAAAAAUUCUUGAUUAACAACAAAAAAAGCACUCAAUGACAUUCAUUGAAUGUACAUCGUAUGUUUGUGUUCAAUUUACUGGCUUUCAAACCAGUUUCUCCUUUUUAAUCAUGGUAGUUGAUGGAAUCUCCAGCAAUAAUGUUUCCCCUGGUUUGAUUUCAAAAAUGUAAAAUGUAUAUAUGUGUUUAUACAAGCACUUGUUUGUUUUUUUUUGGGGGGGGGGGAGGUGCUCAUCAGUAUUUGUACUUUUAUGCAUGUUGGACUUGAGGGUAAUCAUGUCUGGCAGUCUUCUGAGUGAAGUCUUAUAUGCCUGACUGAAUCCCUAUGGGGUUGUUGGUGGAAUAAAGGUUGAUUAAAAGCUACAAA